CAAAGUACUGGGAUUACAGGCGUGAGCCACUGCGCCUGGCCAGGAUCUUCAUCUUUUAACACGUUCUGUAGGCAGCACGGUCCUGGUACAGAUGACCUGCAGCCCCUGCCUUGAGCCCUGCCUAUGGAGCAGGGACUGGCUUCUGAAGCUGGAGAUAGCAGCGGGUGCACAUGUGUGGUUGGGAAGGGCCUGACUGACUACCACCCUCUUCUACAGUGUGACCUACAGUAGAUUGCAUCAUGGCAGUGUGUCUGCAUCUAUAACACCGUGAAAGUCGUGAGGGUUCAAAAGCAUGGGCAGAUGGCUUUGCACCAUGUUUAACAGCCACCAUUUACUGUCAUCAGUAUGAAUACCCAGAGGACAAAUUAAUAUACCAGUGAAUGUUAUAUUGAGCACUUGCUUUGUGCUAAGUGCUUUCCUUGGAUUAUCUCAGUAAAAUUGUACAGUACCUCAAGUAGCUGCUGUUACAGUGUUUCCAUCAAUGAGAUUGAGCCACAGAGAUGUUGAGUAACUUUAAGGUCACACAGCUAAUAAGAAAUGUACUUUUCCUAUUCAGAGACCUAGGCAGGAUGGGAGUGGGAAAGGGCAGAAACACUAAGGGAGUGGCUCAGUAAGAGCUAACAACCGCAGUGCCCACCAGCUGCCCCAAAUGUUUCAGCAUCAUGGACAACUCUAGGGGGCUUGGGUUUCCACCCCAGAGAGUAGGUCAGACUCUACCAAGGUGUGGGUUGGAGUUGAGGGUCGGGUGAGGUUUCCCGCUGGCUCCACGCUGCUCCAAUGGGGCGCGGGCCGCCCGCAGGGCCGGGCGGGGCUGUGCUGCCAUCUGGAGCUGCUGCCGCCGGCGGCCACUGUCAGGGCGCGAGCGGCGGGAGCGCACGCAGGGCUGGAGGGAGUGCAGCCACUGUCGCCGCCGCCGCCGCCGCCGCCGCCGCCGCCGAGGCACAUGGGCCGGCCCCGCCGCUGCCGUUGCCCCUAGCUCCGGCAGCCCUGGUCUCGCAGCCUCCUGCAGCUCGGGUCGCCCGACCAGCCAUGUCUCUCGGCGGAGCCUCCGAGCGCAGCGUCCCGGCCACCAAGAUUGAAAUUACCGUGUCGUGCCGGAACCUGCUAGACCUUGAUACCUUCUCCAAGUCCGACCCCAUGGUGGUGCUUUACACGCAGAGCCAGGCCAGCCAGGAGUGGCGGGAGUUCGGACGGACCGAGGUGAUCGAUAACACGCUGAACCCAGACUUCGUGCGCAAAUUCGUCCUCGACUAUUUCUUUGAGGAAAAGCAAAAUCUGCGCUUCGAUGUGUACAACGUGGACUCCAAAACCAACAUCUCCAAACCGAAGGAUUUCCUGGGACAAGCGUUCCUGGCCCUGGGAGAGGUGAUUGGAGGCCAGGGCAGCCGCGUAGAGCGAACCCUCACGGGUGUACCAGGCAAGAAGUGUGGGACCAUAUUGCUGACUGCAGAAGAGCUUAGCAAUUGUCGGGACAUUGCCACCAUGCAGCUGUGUGCAAACAAGCUGGACAAGAAGGACUUUUUUGGGAAAUCAGACCCCUUCCUUGUGUUCUACAGGAGCAAUGAAGAUGGCACGUUCACCAUCUGCCACAAGACAGAGGUUGUGAAAAACACGCUGAAUCCUGUGUGGCAGCCCUUCAGCAUCCCUGUGCGGGCUCUGUGCAAUGGAGACUAUGACAGAACAGUGAAGAUUGAUGUGUAUGACUGGGACCGGGAUGGAAGCCACGAUUUCAUUGGUGAGUUCACCACCAGCUACCGGGAGCUGAGCAAGGCCCAGAACCAGUUCACAGUAUAUGAGGUCCUUAACCCUCGGAAGAAAUGUAAGAAGAAGAAAUAUGUCAACUCGGGAACUGUGACGCUGCUCUCCUUCUCUGUGGACUCUGAAUUCACUUUUGUUGAUUACAUCAAGGGAGGGACACAGCUGAACUUCACAGUAGCUAUUGACUUCACAGCUUCCAAUGGGAAUCCUCUGCAGCCUACCUCCCUGCACUACAUGAGUCCCUACCAGCUCAGCGCCUAUGCCAUGGCCCUCAAGGCAGUGGGAGAGAUCAUCCAGGACUAUGACAGUGACAAGCUCUUCCCAGCUUACGGCUUUGGGGCCAAGCUGCCCCCAGAGGGACGGAUCUCCCACCAGUUCCCCCUGAACAACAAUGAUGAAGACCCCAACUGUGCGGGCAUUGAGGGUGUGCUGGAGAGCUAUUUCCAGAGUCUGCGCACAGUGCAGCUCUAUGGGCCCACCUACUUUGCUCCUGUCAUCAACCAAGUGGCCAGGGCUGCAGCCAAGAUCUCUGAUGGUUCCCAGUACUAUGUUCUACUCAUCAUCACUGAUGGGGUCAUCUCUGACAUGACGCAGACGAAGGAGGCCAUCGUCAGUGCCUCCUCACUGCCCAUGUCUAUCAUUAUCGUCGGUGUAGGACCGGCCAUGUUUGAGGCAAUGGAAGAGUUGGACGGUGAUGAUGUGCGCGUGUCCUCUAGGGGACGCUACGCAGAGCGGGACAUCGUUCAGUUCGUCCCAUUCCGAGACUAUGUUGACCGGUCGGGGAACCAGGUGUUGAGCAUGGCCCGACUGGCCAAGGAUGUGCUGGCUGAGAUCCCGGAGCAGCUGCUGUCCUAUAUGCGUACCAGAGACAUCCAGCCUCGGCCCCCACCCCCUGCCAACCCCAGCCCGACUCCAGCUCCAAAGCAGCCCUGAGGAUUCCACAUAUCCAAUGCCUCACAGUCUGCUCACCUGUUCACCCACUGCUUCUGCUUUAAGCCAGAGGCACCUGGAACCCUGGACCGAGGGCCAACUUGGAGGAUUAGUGCUGGCUGACAAGCCCUCCACCUCCUUGCCUGCAGAAGGGCCUGGCACUAUCACCACCUCCCUGCCUUCAUGCCAAUAAUAAAGCUGAUCUUUACUCCA